UUCUACUCGGGGAAGCAACAGUUACCGGCCAACACCCUCCCAAGAACAAGCGUCCAAAGGAGCCAGGAGAAAACAGAAUCAAGCCCACCAACAAAAAGGUGAAGCCCAAGAUUCCCAAGACAAAGGACAGGGACUCGGCCGAUGACUCAGCGCCAAAGAAUCAGUCUAUCAUGGUGCAGAUGACGGAGAAAGGGCGCUUCCAGAAGCCCGCUGCCACCCUGAGCCUGGCGGCGGGGCAGACCCUGGAGCUCCGGUGUAAAGGGAAUAAAAUUGGAUGGAGCUACCCCCCAUACCUGGACACCUUCAAGGACUCCCGCCUCAGUGUGAAGCAGCAUGAGCGCUACGGCCAGCUGACCCUGGUCAACUCCACCGCGGCCGACACCGGCGAGUUCAGCUGCUGGGGGCAGCUCUGCACCGGCUACAUCUGCACGAAGGACGAGACCAAAACCGGCUCCACAUACAUCUUUUUUACAGAGAAAGGAGAACUCUUUGUACCUUCUCCCAGUUACUUUGAUGUUGUCUACCUGAACCCGGACAGACAGGCUGUGGUUCCUUGUCGAGUGACCGUCCUGUCAGCCAAAGUCACGCUCCACAGGGAGUUCCCGGCCAAGGAAAUCCCGGCCAAUGGAACAGACAUUGUUUAUGACAUGAAGAGAGGCUUUGUAUACCUGCAACCUCAUUCUGACCACCAGGGGGUGGUCUACUGCAAGGCGGAGGCCGGGGGCAAGUCGCAGAUCUCUGUCAAGUAUCAACUCCUCUACGCAGAAGUUCCCAGUGGCCCUCCCUCCACAACCAUCCUGGCAUCUUCAAACAGAGUCAACAGUGGGGACGACAUCAGUGUCCUCUGCACUGUCCUCGGGGAGCCUGACGUCGAGGUGGAGUUCAGGUGGAUCUACCCAGGCCAGAAGGAUGAAAGGCCCGUGACGAUCCAGGACACCUGGAGGCUGAUCCACAGAGGCCUGGGCCACACCACCAGGAUCUCCCAGAGCGUCGUGACGGUGGAAGACUUUGAGACCAUUGACGCGGGAUAUUACAUUUGCACGGCCCAGAAUCUCCAAGGACAGACCACAGUAGCUACCACUGUUGAGUUUUCCUGACUUGGAAAACGCAGUGCAAUGGACUGACGGGAAGCCCACGUGCGCACACCACCAGCUCGGGCGUCCUUGUGACUCGGGCUUUGCCAGAGGCUGAUGUCCAGCGCCAAACCCCAGUCCCUGCCUCGUGAGUAAGACCCAGACAUCCAAACACACAGGAAGUCGCCCGGUCUAAUAAUAGACGUGUUAACUCCUCGGACAGAAAGCAUGUCUUCUGAUUGCUUACCUACGUAUAUGCGUUUCUGGUUUUUAUACUUAGAGAGCAUAUAUGUGAACAACUCUAUAUAAUCAUCUCUAUUAAAUGAUCAAGUUUUUGUAAAAUAAAUUUAAAACUGGCCUAAGUGCUCGUGUUUUAGGUUGGCAGAAGGACUUGUUGGUAGUGAUGUUUGGGUUAACCUUAAUUUCCAUUUGAUUUUAAUCGCAAUACGUGAGCAUCUAAAAAAUGUAGUAACUAUAUAUGGACUAUGAUAUGAAAGUAUCCAAAAAAAAUCAUAGAAACUUGCUUUUUAUUAAAAAUAAAAAAGGCUGCACUCAGAAGUAACUAGUUCUAGAUUAGUACAUUCAGAAAGAUUUACAGCAUGUGUGUUUAAAAGUUUAAUUUUCAAUAUAAAAUAGGUAUGCUGAUCAAGGAAAAUUCAACUUCAUUUAGACCUUUUGUAGCAUCUGCAAAAAAAAAUAUUUAGACCAUAGUUUUCUCACCUUAAAGAGCAGAAAUUGUUAAAACCAGUCAAAAGUUAUUCCUCCAAAACACACAGCUUUGAAUUUAGAAAAGAGAAGCUUCAUUCUGAGCUUAGCUCUGUGAGCCAAAUUUCAGCCCAUGGCCUGUUUUGUGGUUGCGUUGGAAAUUCCUGGGAAAUGGCUGAGGAGGCGGCGCAGCGUCGACGCCUGGGCUGUGAGAAGGGCUGUGAGCUGGGCAGCCCCUGGGAGAGAGAAGGAUGUCACAGGUUGCACUUCUUAUAUUAAAUAUUCCAGCAUUGUUUAUUUAAUCAAGGUAAAAAUACACUUUGCAUCAUUAUAAACUGA